ACAAUGACCAGCAAACUUCCUGCUGCCGUGGCUAUUCUCUUCGCACUUCUUCUUCCUCUUCCCCAAACCUCUGAGGCCGCCACCGGCGGCGCCCUUAUUAUCUACGGGGCCAAAACGGAAAUGAGGGGUCCCUAAAUGACACUUGUGCUAGCGGUAGAUAUGACAUAGUUAAUAUCGCUUUCCUAUAAAAAUUUGGCGGUGGCCAAACCCCAGAUAUCAAUCUUGCUGGUCACUGUGGCUCGUGGACUCCCGAUGGCUGUACUGGAGAUAUCAUACUGCCAGCAGCUUGGAAUCAAGGUGCUGAUCUCCAUUGGCGGUGAAACCGAUACCUACAGCUUGACUUCUGUGGAGGACGCACAGGACGUGGCAGAUUAUAUAUGGACCAACUUCCUGGACGGAAACACGUCCACCGGCCCGCUUGGAGCCGCCAUACUCGACGGUGUCGAUUUCGCUAUAGUGUUCGGCGAUAGCCAGUACUACGACAAUCUCACAUACUUCUUGAAAGCGUACGAUCAGAAUGUGUAUUUGACUGCAGCACCACAGUGCCCAUAUCCUGAUGCUCACUUGAACAUCGCCAUUUCUACAGGUCUCUUCGACGCUGUUUGGGUUCAAUUCUACAACAAUCCCCCGUGCCAGUAUAGUUCAGGUAACAUUGAUAACAUUAUCAAUUCCUGGAACACAUGGGUUUCCUCAACAAUUGCAGGUAACAUAUCUUUGGGGUUGCCGGCGUCGAAUGAUGCAGCGCCGUCGGGGGGGUUUAUUCCGGAAGAUGUUCUCAUAAAUCAGAUCCUUCCGGUGGUGAAACAAUCGGACAAAUACGGAGGCGUUAUGCUUUGGUCUAGGUACUAUGAUCUUCCAAGUGAUUAUGGGGCAAACAUUAAGCCGUAUAUAUACAAGGAUGAGCUUAAUGUGGAAGAAUUAUUAGUCUCCUCUUCUUAAUUAAUUAAGAGAUGUAAUGUUGUGCUCUAAGGAUGCUGGGCUCUGGAAGAGUCCAAGUUAACAUCUGGUGAUAAAUAAAAUUAGCGUUUUAGUCAUUGGUGUUUGAGAAUGGCCAUUAAUUUA